CCAAAACUGAAAAAAGGAAAAAAAAAAACUCUCCCACUUCAUCCAUCCCUCUCCAUCUCGCUCGGUCCCCGUCCCCAACCUGCAAACCCUAAUCCCGCCGCUGACUCCCCCAACCACGGCGGCGGCGGCGGCGGAGGCGGAGGCGGCUGCCUGAUGCCCAGCCGCCCGCGGGGGCCAUGGAGCUCGUCCCCUUCAAGCCCGAGGCCGGGGCCCUGGUCGAGUCGGGCGGCGGGGCCCACGGGGACUCGAUCCCGGCCAUGGUGGCGGCGCAGCAGGAACUGCUGCACGCGCAGGUGGACCAGCUCCAGCUCCUCGUCGUCGCGCAGUGCCGCCUCACCGGCGUCAACCCCCUCGCCCAGGAGAUGGCUGCUGGGGCAUUGUCUAUCAAGAUAGGUAAAAAGCCAAGGGAUUUGUUAAAUCCAAAGGCUGUCAAGUCCAUGCAGUCACUUUUUGCUAUGAAGGAUACUAUUGGAAAAAAAGAAACUCGGGAAAUUAGCGCAUCUUUUGGGGUUACUGUUACACAGGUGAGGGAGUUCUUUGCAAGUCAACGUACGCGAGUAAGAAAAUUUGUUCGCUUAUCACGUGAGAAAGCCCUGAGAAUAGAGUCAUCCAAGGCUCCUGACAAUGUAUGCUCCAUAAGCACUGAGCAGACACCUGUUGACAUUGAGGCACAUGCUCAAGUUAUUGAGCCUCUGAGAACAUUAGAACCAUUGGAGGCGCAACAAAUUUCUUUGCCGCAUCUGGUGGUUCCUCAAAUCUCUUUACAAUUGCCGGUGGUCCUGCAGAGCUGUGCAAUCCCUGUUGCCCCAAUAGGUGUAAUGCAACCCACCGAGGCUAAGACUAAUCCCGAUCCCAUUCAAAAGGAAACUAAGCAAGAGGAAGUUGCUGGAGUUGAGUCAGAAGAUAAGAAGUUUUUGGAAAGUAUCUUUGUUCUAAUGCGGAAGGAGAAUACAUUCUCUGGACAGGUCAAAUUGAUGGAAUCAAUUCUACAAAUAAACAAUGUAACUGUUCUUAGUUGGUUCUUAACAAUGGGUGGUUUGGCCAUUGUAUCGACGUGGUUGGGCCAAGCAGUUACUGAGGAGCAAACAACAGUUAUUCUUGUUGUUUUCAAGGUGCUUCUUCAUCUCCCAUUACAUAAAGCUCUGCCAGCUCAUAUGUCAACUGUAUUGCAAACUAUUAACAGGUUGCGGUUUUAUAGGACACAAGACAUAUCAAGCAAGGCGAGGAACCUCCUCUCCAGGUUGAGCAAAGUGCUUGUAAGAAGUCAGGCAUUGAAGAAAUCUCAGAAGGACUUAAUCUGUAAACAAAGGAUAAGUGAAAUUCUCCGUGAUGAGUCUUGGAAAUCUGAAGUUGAUAUUACUGAGGACAUCCUUGCCUUGACUGAUGAUGCAAGUGAGAGCAGAAUGCCUGAGCCCAGAAAAACGCCAUUGCUGCUCACUGCUUCUGCGGACGAAUCAAAUAAAAAGAGUUCUCUGCAGACAAAAUCCAAAGAGAAAAGGAAAGUUCUACUUGUAGAACAUCCAAAUCGGAAAGCUGCUGGCAAGAAUGUUAACCCUGUCAGAAGCACAUCUACGAACAAUAGUAGACCGUUAUCUGCAGAUGAUAUCCAAAAAGCAAAGAUGCGUGCCAUGUUCAUGCAGGAGAAAUAUGGCAAGGUUGACACAAGCAAAGUGAUUGAAAAACCUCAUAUGAUGGAAAUUCAAAAACCGUCUGGCUUAGUUGAUUCAAAUGUACCGCUUGUGCCCAGAACCCCUCUUACUUCAAUCAUUAAACAACCUGUUGACCCUAGCCCAUCAACCUCUAAACAAAGUACACUAUCUCCACCUGAUAAGCCAGAAAUUGCAGUUAGCUUGAAGCUGAACGUAACAGCCAAAGAAAACUUUAUAGAGAAAUUGGAUUCCAAGAGAGUUAUUUGGCAGAUACCACCAGAGGUUUGGAUAGACCCUGCUUGGAGUUUAGGUGCUGGAGAGAACAGCAAAGAAUUUGAGGUCCAAACCCAGAGAAACAGGCGUGAGAAGGAAACCUUUUAUGCUAGUCUAAAGGACAUACCGUUGAAUCCAAAGGGCCCAUGGGAUGUGGAAAUGGACUUUGAUGACAGCCUUACACCGGAAAUUCCAAUUGAGCAGCCACCAGAUGCUGACGCUAUGGAAACGGAUAGCGUGAGCACAGCCCCUCCAAACAUUGUGGUUCCUGUUGUGGACAAGCAAAUAGGAUCAACCUCAUCAGUAUCUCCAGCAGUUGCUGCUGGUGCGAACGGUGCAACUUCUGAACCAGAUCUUGAGCUGCUUGCGGUGCUGCUCAAGAAUCCACAACUUGUCUUUGCUCUAACUUCUAAUCAGGGUGGGACCCUGCCAAGUGAGCAGACCGUUGCACUUCUGGACAUGUUGAAGCAGACUGGCCUUGGACUAUCAGAGCUGGUAAAUAGCCUGGCCAACAAUUCUGGGGUCCAAAAAGAGCCCGAAUCUGGUCCUGAAGCUAUCCCUGCUUCGCUUCCAUCGCCAACUCCUCCAAAAGACCUGAUAGCCAGGGAUGGCUGGAGUUCAGAGUUCCCAUCACAAGUGAGGACCCAAAACUUGCAGCACGCCCAUUUGCCAAACAGAGCAAAUGCACCUCCUGUUGCAAGCAGCGUGCAGCAAAGUUUCUCAAAUGUUGUCAGUUCGUUGCCUUCACAACCUUAUGCUUCAGCUUCUGCUUUGCCGGCACAGACUCGAACUAAUAUGACAUCUCUCCCCCAGUCGAUGAUCUCCGUAAAUCCGUCAACUCAACAUGUUGCUCCUAUGAAUAAUCUUCUGAGCAGAGCCACGGUACACCAGCACACCCAAUCAUAUGCUUUAACGUCUGAUCCUGUUGCAGUGGCGGUCCAUCAUCAGCCAGCGGUGAACAAACUAGCCCAUGAGGUUCAGAGCAUCUCACACCCUGCUGUAUCACAUUCUUCGGUGGCUGAAUCACAUGCCUCUUACACAUCAUACACCUGGCAAUCUAGUGUUGCUACCAUUGCCGCCACUGGGCGAAAUGCUACACCUGAUCGAUGGGCUGCACCUGCACGCACUACUAAUUCCUUUAACGCUGCCCCAUCAAAUUCAAACCAUGUGACGUAUCCUAACCAGAAUGCUUACAGUAACCACAGCACACAAGCUACUACAUACAAUUCUUAUGGUUCAGCUCCAGUCUCGUCCCACUCCCUCCACCCAGGGCAGGGACUGGACCGAAAUGGCUACACUCACGCAGCGGAGUACCAGACGACAAUGGCGCGAGACGCCCUAUGGCGGAACUCGCGGUCUCCUGAGCUUGGUGCUGGUGCUGUGUAUGGUAGUAGCUCACAAGGCUAUGUUCCCGAGCCCUCAAGGCAGUGGAACUACGGGCAGCAGAGCUACAAUCCUGAGCCUUAUUCUAGGCAGUGGAGUUCUGGGCAACAAAGCUACAACACUGUCACUGCUGAGCCUUCCAGGCAGUGGAGCUCCGGGCAGCAGAGCUACAGCAACCCAGCUGAGCCUUCAAGGCAGUGGAGUUCAUCAGCACAUGCACAACCAAGCUACAACCCUGAGCCUUCAAGACCCUGGAAUUCAGGUCAUCAGAGUCAAAACCCUGAGGCAUCGAGGCAAUGGAGUCAUCAUCAUGGAAAGCAAGAACGUUAUAAUCCGACAGAUGGUAGAAAUUCUUAUGAUCAACAUUGGAGGAGAUGAUGAGGGUCACCAUUGUAUAUUAGCUGAUUCUUGAGGUGGUUCUCCGGGCUUUUUUUUCCCUUUUUUUUUUUUCUUUUUGAUGGGAAGCUUUGUGAUUCGUUUACUUUGGGCCUUGUGAUUGGCACAGAGGCCAUUGAGAAAGCUAUACAUCAUGUACCAAAUGUAGUAGGAGUGGGGGAAACAAAAAACGAGAAAACUAAAAAAAAAAAAGAGAGGAUGCAUCAGCUGAAUUGCUGAAUCCAUUGAUGGAUAAAAAGUUUCACUUCAUAUUUCA